AUGUCUAGUCAGAAUAAGAGAAUCGCCCUUCCCGCCAGAGUGGAACCCAAGGUGUUCUUUGCCAACGAGAGAACAUUCUUGUCAUGGCUCAACUUUACCGUCAUCUUGGGGUCACUUGGUGUGGGUCUUUUGAACUUUGGUGAUUCGAUUGGCAGGGUCUCUGCUGGUUUGUUCACAUUUAUUGCCAUGUUGACCAUGGUAUACGCCUUAGUCACAUACCACUGGAGAGCCAGAGCCAUCAGGUUGAGAGGAUCUGGUCCAUACGAUGAUCGUUUUGGUCCUACAAUGCUUUGUUUCUUCUUGUUAAUAGCAGUGGUGGUCAACUUUGUGUUGAGAAUACGGGCAUAG